AUGUCUCUUACUCGUAUCUUAGGUGAUUUUGAGCCUCUUUUCCGCCUCGUUGAGGAGCCACGCACGCAUUCCCAGUCCCGCCAGGGCAUAACCCACACCCAACGACAGGCGGUCACCGAAUUUUCGGAGGAAGAAAAGGAGUACGUGGUACGCGCUGAGCUCCCAGGUGUUCAGAAGAAGGAUCUAGAUAUCCACGUUGGUAACGACGGCCGCUCUUUAACCAUCGAAGGUCGUGUUCAUCGUACCAACAAGCCCCAGACAAAAGAGUCUGGCGAGGGCAAAGAGGUAUCCAAAGGUAACUUGGAUAAUAACCAAACCUUCAACGUAAAUACUGAUACCUCUUUGGAAUACUUAGACGCGUCUGGACCUGCUGAAACCUAUGAAUACCGCUCUACUUUUUCGCGCACGGUCUGGUUCCCACAGGCAGUCGAAGCCAAGAACGCACGAGCGAAACUAGAAGAUGGCAUCUUAACGUUGAAUAUUCCGAAGCGUGAGGAGACUGGAACCCAAAGGAUUUCUUUGCUUUAA